UGACUUGAAAUCAAAUGUCACUAAGUGACCCUUCAAUUAUUUGCUUCCUUUCAUGAAUGAAAUUUCUUAGCAAAUCGAUUUACCUUGUCUUGGAUCCCAGGUUCUCGAUUGGCUAUGAAUAUGAUUAAUAUCUGGAAAAAAAAAUAUGAAAAUUAAUCGAGUAAUGCUGAAUACAUAUAAAAGAGCGUUUGUUCAAUUACUGAUGAAAAGAAAAAAAAUAAACUUUUGCAGUGAAAAAGUCAUGCUUUAUAAAGCAGUAACCAAGCUUUUUACAGAGUCUAUAACGUGGCCAAAAAUAGCCAGGAGUCAAGGAACCCCCACUUUUAAUCAAUGUUUGACACCUCGGGCAUGAAUUAUUAAUUUUUGAGUCUGGUCUUGCCUGCCAGCGAUUCUGCAGUUCGGGCAUGAAAACUACACGUUGAAAACUGAAGCAAGAUUAAGCUUACAUCUCUGAUCGUGACCAUAAGUUGCCAGCAUAAUGAAACAGCGUCUCAAAACUUUUUGAAGUUGGUUCAAAUUUUUAAACUCGCCAUAUGUUACGCCACAUUCGCUGCUGUAAGGUAUGCCCUUUUUGAGCCAUGACCCUUGAGCUUUCUCACACUAACACCAUGGUCGCAUGAUCAAAGAAGCGUGGUGGUCACCAAGGAUAGCUUUAGAAUCAGAACUAUCUAGAAACAUUGAGGAAUGUUGAUACGCUCGAUUUUUCUUCCUCUACUUGUUGUCAGUGCCGCUUAAAGAAUCAGGACUUUGGUUCCCAUUUAAUAUAAAAAACACUUCCAAAGUGCAAACGUUCAGUUGAAGGGCUUGAAACCAGCCCGUGAAUUCAGUGCCUUGAUUGAAGUCUCGCAAAAAGAAAUUCGGCGGUGGGUUCAAGAUACCAUGGGCAGUGGAUCAAGUAAGACGGGAAAAGAUUCCGCUUCAUUUGAAGCCAAAAAUGAGGAUGAGUAUCGACCUGUGAAGAAUUGGGAAGGUGAGAUUGUGGGAUGGGUGGAGCGAACAGAAAGUGACAAAUUAAGACGAAAAGUCUUGAAGGAGGCUCCUCCUAGUAUUCGCAAUUCCUCUCACUACAAGAAUCGUCAUAGUGACUACGAUUCGGAUGAUUAUGAUGACGAAGAGGACCUUGAGCUUGAUAGCCACAGUAGCAGCGCCGGUUCGUAUCGGUCCGAUAAGUCUUCUUUAAACCGAAGUCAAGGAUCGUUGAGAACAAGUGACGAAUCUAAGGCUGACUUACGAUCCAGAGGUUCCAGCAGGAAUUCGGAUGACUCCGAAGACAGCCCUUUGAUCAGUCGAAAAGGAUCAAAGUUCACGCUCAGCCGGAAAAACUCAAAGUUUUCGAGCGUGUCCAAGCAAUCAAACUAUCGACGGGACUCACGAAGUCCUUCCACUUCGAGAAGUCCAUCCAUAUAUCGCAGUCCGUCAAUCGCUCGGAGUACAUCGCGAAACAGUUCUAGACGGGUUGGUCGGGCACUUGGGUGGGAUGAUAGAUCGAGGAAAAGCUCGAUAUCCAGGUCCAACUCCAAAUCGAGAAGCAUGAGCAUCCGUUAUAAUGAGAAGAAGCAAAAACCCCUGCGCCCGAGGUACAAACCCAUCAAAAACUAUCCGAAACCGAGACCAACCUUGAAACCAGCCCGUGAAUUCAGCGUCUUGAUUGAAGCCGCAGCUCUCUUCAAGGCUUGCCGAGUGAUCGGUACGGAUGAGGAUGCGAUUAUUCGCAUCUUAGGAAGACAUUCCUCGAAGCAGAGGCAAGAAAUCCGGAAAACCUUUCGUGAGGUACAUAAGAAGGAUUUGAAAACGGUCCUCCUGGAUGAACUAAGUGGAGAUUUCGAGGCACUCUGUAUUGCAUUGAUAACUGAGGAUCUACUCUUAGACGUUCAAACCUUUCGUCACUUCGUAGAGAAAGACAUUCGACACUUGGCUUUGAUUGGGAUGAUGGCGCGGACCAGUGCCAAUGGCUUACAUCUCUUGAAAAAGAAAUAUAAAGCCCAAUUUGAAGAAGAUCUUAUAAAGAAAAUUGAAAAAGAGACCAAGGGCUCCGUCGAGAAAGUGCUUAUUGCUACCUUCUCAGGAAAAAAAGAUCCUACCAAAGAGAUUGAUCCCAAAAACGCGCAGAGAGACGCAGAGGACUUGAUUGACAGCUAUGAAGACGAGGGUGCCUCCAUUUUUACCAUGAUCCUAACCAAUCUGAUCGAACAACGCAAUGCCAAUCAAAUGCGAGAGAUUUGUGAAGCAUUUCGUCAACUAUUCGGACAAGAGCUUUCCCAGACGACCAGAGACCUGCUUGGGCCCGACAUCGCUCCGGCAUAUUGCGCAUUUUUGGAAGCUUGUGACGACACGGCGUGUUUCUUCGCUGGUUGUCUUCAUAAUACUUUCGAUGGAAUGGGGACGGACGAAAUCGCUCUUAGUCGAAUCAUUGUUCAUAGGGUUGAGAUCGACUUAAAGGACAUUGCAGUGGCUUACAAGGAAAUGUUUGGUCAAACCCUAGCCGAAGUGAUAAAGGCCGAAACAAGUGGUGCUUAUGAAAAACUUUUACUCAGACUUCUGAAUGCUAACCAGUAGCCGAUUUGAACAAAAAAUCAAGUAAUGACUUACUUCGGCAAAUCAAAUGCCGAGUCAACCAAUAAAUAGAUCCCAUGCGUUAAACAUUGCCUUUC